AUGUGGGCCGAUAUCAACGGAGAACGCAAGAAGGUCGCCUGCGGUCCUUGCAUCAGAGGUCAUCGCUCGUCAAAGUGUGAUCAUCGGGACCGGGUACUUGUUGAGGUCCGCAAACCUGGUCGACCACUGAGUAGUUGUCCACAUCCUACCGGUUCAUGUAGCUGUGAGCGGAUUGUUAUCAACUACACCAUCCCUAAGACCUCAGAAUGUGCUUGUCCGUCAGAGCGAGCACAAUCGGUCGCGGUGGCCGGCAACAGUCGAAUCUCGAAACAUAAAAGGAAAUUGACUGCAGUACAUCCUACCUCGCUAGAAAAGGCCAUCAAAGCGAGUCAAGAUGUGGAAACCGACACAUCGUCCUACAACACACCGACCGAGAGAAGUGCCAGCAAUGAAGCUUCACCACCAUCAAGUGCGAGCUCAACUCCCCGUAUGCUACCUACACAAAAAGCGGAGGUAUCGAGCUGUUGUAAGCCGAAGCCUGCACCGCCACCAGUUGCACAAGCUGGCGGCUGCUGCAGCAAUAAAGCAAAGCAGCAACAACAACCAACGCCAAUAACAGCAGUGGCUCCUGCUCCCAUCAAGUCGUGCUGCGCCGGCAAACCACAACCGAACAACGUCCCCAACGCACAAAAUGGUGCUCAUAACAUUGGCCAGCAUUUCCAAUUCCAGAUUCACCCUCAGUUCAGGGCGCCCCAAUACCAAAGCUUCCCAGCACAAGCUCCAACGGCACCACCGCCUUUCGGCUUCGGUGCACCGAUAUACAAUCACGCCGCCGCAGCCUAUCAGCAGUCGAUGGCAAUGCCCAUGAACGGAGCUAUGCACGGAUCCUUGCCACAUCAUGCUAUCGGUCAUCGAAUUCCGCAGCACAAUCCCGAGCACAACUGUCACUGUGGAGAAGGAUGCAGUUGUUUUGGAUGCGCGGCCCAUCCGAACAACGCCACCAUGAUGGAGUACGUUCGACUCAUGGCCGAGUUUCAAUACACUGGUGCCUUCGGAGGCCAACAAGCCCCUCUCUACGACAUGCCCACUUAUCCGCACCACCCAGGAUUUGGCGCCGAGACAAGUUCUGCUGUGAGCUUCACGUCCCUUCCGCAAUCAUACGCUUUGCCGAACCCUACACACAUGCCCUUUCAGGCCAGCUUAGACGCCACUGUCAUGGCCGAUUCACCCCUCAGCCUCUCAGAUCCAUGGCGUCAACGCUCCGUCUCAUCACCUUCCAUUUCCGAGCCCCAAUACCUCGACAGCGCGGCUCCAACUCCCACUGAGUCACAGCUGAAACUCGAGAUGGCACCCCCUACGGCAGUACCAGCGGCUAGCACACCGGUCGCCGAUAGCCCAAGCGUCAGCAACGGGGAAGAAACACCCACACUGUCUCCCUCGUCGUUCUUCUGGAACGAGAUGGUUCUUCCAGGCUGCAAUGACGCAACUGGUACAUGUCAGUGCGGAGACGGAUGUGAGUGUGUUGGCUGCUUGACACAUGGCGGGCACAAUGGGAUUGCGUUUGGGGGACCGAGUAUAAGCGAACACGAGGCAUUUUCGACUUUCCAUGCAGAUGUCGAGUUGAAUUCGGACAUGAACGAUCCAACCGCGUUCUUGAACUUCAACGCUGCGAGCUGA